AUGAUUUCUUGUGUAUUUUUAUUUUCCCCAAUUUUUUUCUUUCUUUCUUUCUUUCUUUCUUUCUUUCUUUCUUUCUUUCUUUCUUUCUUUCUUAACACAUCAAUAAAAGUGAUCGAUCUUCACAUAUGUUUUCAUUCUGUUGAUAGAUCUCCACACUCUCUCUUUCUUUCUUUUUUCUUUCUUUCUUUCUUUCUUUCUUUUCUUUCUUUUUUUCGCAUCAGAUCGAUAAAAAUGAUAGCUUUUCUUACCUCGUUUUUUUUUUUUUCUUUUUUCUUUUCUUUCUUUCUUUUCUUUCUUUCUUACCAAAUCGAUAAAUGUGAUAUACAUUACCAUUUUUCUUUCUUUUCUUUCUUUCUUUCUUUUUUUUCUUUCUUUUCUUACCAAAUAGAUAAACGCGAUAUUUUCGCUUUCUUUCUUUUCUUUCUUUCUUUCUUUCUUUCUUUCUUUCUUUCUUUUCUUACCAAAUCGAUAAAAAGCAAUAUAUAUUACCACUCAUUCUUUCUUUCUUUCUUUCUUUCUUUCUUUCUUUCUUUCUUACCAAAUCGAUAA